CUCUCAACCGUUGCUUCUCGCUCUAAAACAGUGAGAGAGAAGUUGCUUCCCUUGAUCUCAUUUUCUUAUCUUUCUGCUCCUUCUGAGUUUCCGCCUGCUGUUUCACUUCGGAAGAUUGAAAUUCUGGGUUUUUUUUAGCUUGAUUCGAAAAGGGUUUUGAUCUGGGCAUCUGGGUUUUCGAUUCGGUGCUGUUUCUCAAAUUCUGCUCGCCGAUUCUGUCCGAAACUCGAAUUUUCGGCCUUUUUGAGUUGAUUGGGAAGAGGGUUUUGAUCCGAGUUUCUGCUUCUACUGAUUCUGUUGCUGUUUAGCUGAUUCGCUUGGACAACCUCAAAUUUUGGUUCUUUUACUCGAUUUACACUCUUCUUUUUUUUCAUAUAUAUAAAAUUUCCUCAUUUAUCUCUUCCAACAGUGCUGAUUAGUCAACUCGGAUCGAAAGAUCAAUAUUUUGUUUUUUGGGCUGGAAAUUUGUGUCUUUUUCUUUCGUGCGCAGGAAUCAGAGGUUCGGAUUUCAGCUUGAAUAGGUAUCGUUUGGUGGAUUUUACUGUGUGGAAGUUGACCAUCUUCAAAGAUGGUUUUGAGAUCGAAUUUGCAGUUUUCUGCUUGAAUUCAGGUUUUUUAAAAAAAAAAAACUGAUUUGACUUAAAUCUUCGCAUUUCUUUUAAAAAAUCAAAGGUUUUCUCCAGCUAGAAACUGACUAAUCGAAGACAAUUGCCAUCUCGAAAUCAUCCCCUUCAGCUGAAAUCUGUGCUCUUUAUUCGGAAAAUCUUGACUUAGAAGCAGCUAAGAUCAAAAGAGGAGUUUUUAGCUGCAAUUCUAUUUUUUAUUUUAAGAUUAUAAUUUUGGUUUUUUUUUUUUAAUUAUUUAAAUAAGACCAAAUCAGAUUCGAAUUCCAUUUCCCAUUUUCUUUUUUGGGUCGUAAAUUACUGCAAAUGGGGGGAGUAUGCAGCAAGAAGACAGACGAAUCCCCGACUGCCAUCAGAACCACUGGCAAUUUGCCAUACACUGCCGACCUAAGUUCAUAUGAGUCUGCCUGCCGGCUCGACCCUGACUUGCAAACCUUUGACACCACCCUCCACGCCCGCACAAACCAUGUGAUCAACACUCUUGCCGUUGGUGUACAGCUCCGGGCCCUUUCCUUCGAUUCUCUCAAAGAAGUCACUGGAUUCCUUCUCGAGACGAAUCAAGAAGUCGUGAAGAUCAUCCUAGAAUGCAAGGAAGACAUAUGGAAAAACCCAGAACUCUUCAACAUCGUCAAAGAGUACUUCGAGAAGAGCUUGCAGAUGUUCGAUUUCUGCACGGCAUUGGAGAAGUGCCUGAGGCGGGCCCGUGACAGCCAGCUUAUCAUACAGCUUGCGCUCCAACAUUUUGAAGCGGAGGGGAAUGGAAGCACUGGCGAUGGGAAGAAAUAUUCAAGGACAGUGGAGGAAUUAAAGAAUUUCAAGGCUGCUGGAGACCCAUUUACGGAAGAGUUCUUUCAGAUAUUCCAAUCCAUUUACAAGCAGCAGAUCUCAAUGCUCGAGAAAUUGCAACUCCGCAAGAGCAAGAUCGAUAAAAAGCUGAAAUCUGCGAAGACAUGGCGCAAGGUCUCGUGCAUUAUCUUUGCAUCAGCAUUUGUUGCAGUCGUGAUUUGUGCGGUUGUGACAGCUGCUGUGGCGGCCCCACCUGUUGCAGCAGCGGUGGCGGCCGCUGCGUCUGUGCCUUUGGGAUCAAUGGGUAAAUGGUUCAAUUCACUUUGGAAGAAUUAUGAGGUUGCUCUGAAAGGGGAGAAGGAGAUAAUUGGCUCAAUGUGGGUGGGCACUUUCGUUGCUAUCAAGGACAUGGAUACUAUUCGGGCACUCGUGGACCAUUUGGAGAUUGAGGUUGAGUCAUUGCUACAGAAUGCCGAUUUCGCCCUGAGGGAUGAUGAGGCGGUGAGGUUUGGGAUUGAGGAAAUUAAGAAGAAGCUGGGAGUAUUUAUGAAAAGUCUUGAAGAUUUGGGUGACCACCUCAACGGCUGCAUCAGAGAUAUAAGAAUGGCAAGGACGCUUGUCGUGCAGAAGAUCAUCAAACAUCCUAACUGAAUGAGAGAAGAUGCUCGUAUUCAUCUUGUUCAGAGUUAUACAUUGCCAGCAAUUGCAAGUCCUCCCGUAUAUACUAAAGGUUAGUCAUUUGUUGACUUCAAAGUAUUGAAAAUGUAAUGUGAUAAUUAUGCUCAUGGGAUUCUCUGUCCUGAGAUCUUAUUUCCAUCUCCUGUCUGUAACAAUGUCUGCUAUUGUCUGUUUGGACAAUCCAAAUGUAUUUUGACUUGAGGUGAUCGUCACUCCUCACUGAUUUUAGCAUUGUAGGAGAAUUUUGGUAUAGAAGUUAGACAAAUUGAAAAAGUUCAGAUA